AUGCCUUUACUCGAUUUCCCGCCCGGCGACAACGCCACGGAUACCAUCAUCAAUGGCGUUCACUUCAAUCUGACCACCCUACGGAAUUGGAACUAUCAGUACUACAGCAACCAGACCGUCUCCAAUGGCACUUGGGACUGGUGCAUGAUCAUGGCCGAGCCGUGGACACCCACACGCAUCCUCGCCAACGGCACUUUUAUGAACUCGACGUGGUGUUAUACUCCGACGCACCAUAUCGGCCCUCGGGCUGGCGUUGGAAUGGCCUUCGCCGCCAUCUUCGGUAUUGGCAUCGUUCUCAGCUUGGUCAACCUCGACCGCCACGGGCGACUACACCUACCUGUCGAGAAGCGCUUCUACCCCGUCGGUAGGAGAUGGCAGUGGUACUUCUCAAUCAUUGCGUGCGCCUUGGCCCUGGCUGGACUCAUUUCCAAUGUCGACGUUGACCGUUUUUUCCUGCCCGAGCUUCCCAUCGUCUUGGUUAGCUUCUUUUGGUACCUGAUACAAAUGGCCGCCAUUGCCAUUGUUUGGGAGUCGGUCCGUCAUUGGGGAAGCUGGAUGGAGCGUCAAUUUAUCGAUGCCGACCCAUUCUCCUUGCCCGAGGAUGGUCGGCGUUACAGAUUUGAGCUUCUAAUCCCGCUUGUCUUCUACGCCUUCCUCUUCCUCAACUUCUUUCUCAUUUUCCCUAGAAACUGGGGUCCGCUUCAGCUCCAAAGAUCCCCUGAACAGACACGGCUCGAAGCUAUCCCGGCGGCUACGGAGCUCCGACUGAAGCUGGGAUCGUUUGCACUGUUCUUUGCCUGGCUCGUCAUCCUGGUGUCGCUCCGACAUACGAUCAACGAGUAUCAGCCUCGUAACCGGGGGCUGCUGAAUCGAGCCAUAGGGAUCAUCAAACUGACGCCUCUCCGUCUUCACUUGUUGAUUUUCCUGUCGCUUGUCGUCGUCGCGUACCAAGCGUUGGUACCUUGGUCAUGGGAAAACUCGCCGAUGAAUAUCAAGGGCAACGUCGCUGCGAUUUACCUUGGCGGAUUCCUCCCUACCCUUCUGAUCGUUUACGUCAAUAUUGUUGCUGGUUUCAUGCGUCCCAACGAGGACCAGGAGCUCAUACGACAAAGACGCCUGCGCGGUGCAGAGCAUGAUGCCCAGCUACGCAUCACCAAGAAGCCCACCUGGUGGCGGAGGGUGAGGGGCGACGUCCCGCCCCCUAACGAGACCAUGAGAGAACGGCUUACACGCAAUGCUCGCGAAGUUGGCGGAAGGGGUGUUGAUCCUGUCUUGGAGGCUGAGCUGGCAGCCGCUGGCCCUACAACCGAUCAGACGCAACCUCUCAACAGUUCUACGGGGCCGAAUACGGUGGAGAUGGGUGCAAUGCAGAGGCCAAACAGCAACGGCAGCAGCAACGGCGGCGAUCUCCCUUCCCCCAACCCUUCCAGGCCAAGGCCAGACUUGGAGGCAUACGCGGGAAAGUCUGAUCGGCGGCGGAAUGAAAGGACCAUGGCUGCCGUUGCCGGAAUGCUUUUCCCCGCUUCUGGUAAUAGUUCCGACUAUGCCCAGAGGAGGGCCGAAUUGAUGACGGACGGUCCUCCCCCGCCACCCUAUAGGGACAACGGCGAUAGUCGCCGUCAGCCCUCGGAGCGAAGUAAUAGCACCGCCUCAAUGGCGCGCCCUGCCCAGCAACCAAAGAGCAUGCUGGACGUUUAG